AUGUUGAAUAGAGUACAGAGAAGCGUUCUGAGGUCUGCAAGGGGUUUUGCAUCCGUCGCAGAGCCACCAGUAAGAGGAUAUGGUGGAUUGAGAGAUCAAGACAGAAUCUUCACAAACUUGUACGAUCGCCACGACUUCGGCUUGAAGGGCGCAAUGAGCCGCGGUGACUGGCACAAAACUAAAGAAAUCGUUCUCAAGGGUGAUCAGUAUCUUAUCCAAACCGUCAAAGAUUCUGGUUUGCGUGGAAGAGGUGGUGCAGGUUUCCCAUCAGGUUUGAAAUGGUCCUUUAUGAACAAGCCAGGAUGGGAGAAGGAUCCUAGACCGCGUUAUUUAGUUGUCAACGCAGAUGAGGGUGAACCAGGUACCUGCAAAGAUAGAGAAAUCAUGCGUGGUGACCCUCACAAAUUGAUUGAAGGUUGUUUGGUAGCAGGAAGAGCUAUGAAUGCAACAGCAGCUUACAUUUACAUUCGUGGUGAAUUCUACCAUGAAGCUGUCAGACUCCAGCAAGCGAUAGAUGAAGCUUACAAAGCAGGUUUGAUCGGUGACGAUGCCUGUGGAUCAGGCUACAAGUUCGAUGUCUACAUCCACCGUGGUGCAGGAGCCUACAUUUGUGGUGAAGAGACAGCACUCAUCGAAUCCAUUGAAGGAAAGCAAGGAAAGCCAAGGCUUAAGCCUCCAUUCCCAGCUGAUGUUGGUGUAUUCGGUUGCCCAACCACAGUUGCAAACGUCGAAACUGUUGCCGUUGUUCCAACAAUCGUCAGAAGGGGUCCAGCCUGGUUCGAUGCAUUCGGUAGAGACAGAAACUCAGGUACCAAGUUGUUCGCCAUCUCUGGUCACGUCAACAACCCAUGCGUCGUCGAAGAAGAAAUGUCGAUCCCACUCAAGGAGUUAAUCGAAAAACAUUGUGGUGGUGUCAGAGGAGGUUGGGAAAAUUUGAAGGGUAUUGUUCCAGGUGGUUCAUCUGUCCCUGUUAUCCCAAGAGACGUCUGUACUGAUGUCUUGAUGGACUUCGACUCGUUGAAGGAUGCUCAAACUUCACUUGGUACUGGUGCAAUCAUCGUUAUGGAUCAAUCAACAGAUAUGAUUAAGGCUAUUUCUAGAUUCGCUAAAUUCUACAAGCAUGAAUCUUGUGGUCAAUGCACACCAUGUAGAGAAGGUACAACAUGGAUGUACAACAUGAUGAACAGAUUCGAGAAGGGUCAAGCAUCAAAUAGAGAAAUUGACAUGAUCAUUGAACUUUCAAAGCAAAUCGAAGGUCACACAAUUUGUGCAUUGGGUGACGCAGCUGCAUGGCCAAUCCAAGGUUUAGUUAGACAUUUCAGACCUGAAAUGGAACAACGUAUUAGGGAAUUCCAAUUAGAAAAUGGUGUUGUCAUGUAUGGUGGUAAAUUGCUCAAAGAUCAUAACCCAGAUAUCGCCAUCCCUGACAAUAGAGGCGCUUCUAUUCCACCACCAGCAGCUGCAUGAAUGUAAUAAUAUAUACUAAUAAAAUUCUUCUUUCUCAUG